AUGGGUGAUGACGACCGUUGCAAGACGGGAAUUCUUAUCCGGUGUCUUGGCGAUCUUCAAGAAAUGGAGGACGGCUACCUUCGCAAAAUGGAAGUCAUGGAGAAAGAACAGGUGGCUGCCGAAAAACGACUUGUUGAAUGCAGGGAAGACGUUGCAAAGUUACGGGCAGAAAACGCACAGUUGGCGACCGAUAUCGACAAUCUCAAGACUGCAACCGAAAACACCGGACGCCUCAAUGCAGAAAUUGCCCAGUUACGAACGGAACUGUCCGCCGUGCCCCGCCCUUGUUGCGCGGUUUGUCACGAUUCAUACGCCUCCCGCGGUCCAAAAAAACCCAAGGUUUGUUCCUGUCUGCACACUUAUUGUGGCGCGUGCAUUAGGGAAAUUUCGAGCCGCCACAAUGGUGAAAUGAAAUGCCCCGAAUGCGUUGCGGACGUCCGCAUACUGGGAACAAACUUUGGGAUAACAAAUGCGUUUCGGUCAUGA